GCUUCCUGUUCUCCCUGGUAAAAGUGUAUCAGCUGAGGAAGUUGAAGCAUUUUAUAAAAAUAAGGAAGCUGCUAAAAAAAAUAGUGGAAAGGAAAAACGAAAGAGAAAAAGAGAAAAAUAUCCACAAAAGGAAAACCUGAUCUUUCUUCUGGCAGCGAAUCAGAUAUAGAUAUAGAUAGUCUAGCGUCAAAGAAAUGGAACAAAGAUGAUGAAAACUCUAUAGAUGCAGAAGAAGAAUUAGAAAAGACAAAAAAAUCCAAAAAAAGAAAACCUGAUCUUUCUUCUGACAGCGAAUCAGAUAUUAGUCUGACGUCAAAAGAAUGGAACAUAGAUGAUGAAAACACUAUAGAUUCAGAAUUUGAAAUCUGUGAAAUCUCGGAAAUUUAUGAGAAUACAAAUCAUAACGAAGAAAACUUUUUAGAACAACUGGAUAUGGGAAAUGAAAAUAAAGUAAUUAAAAAUGCUGAUGACGAGAUCAGUGAAAUAGCCGCAGAAAAAGAGGCAGUAGGUGGGAAUUUGAUUCAAAAUAUUGAUGAAAUUCCAAUAAUAAUUCAACUAUCAACCGCUGAAGAAUACAUCGUAGUAGGUUCUGAGCUACAUCAAGUUUCAGAGUCUGUAGCACCAAAUGAAAUAAAAUAUCAGGUCAAUGACUAUGUUGUGGUUCAUUACAAUAAGCAAUAUUUUCCAGGAGUUGUCACUGAGAUCAUUGGAAGUCAAGUAAAUGGUUUUACCUACCUUGUCAAUGCUAUGGAACGGAUUGGAAAAAAAUGGCAUUGGCCUAAGAUAAAGGAUGAGAUAAUCUAUGAAGAAGUAGAUGUAAUAAAAAAAAUUAAUGAGGAUGAUAUAAAACCUCACACCAACAAAGGGACAUUUACUGUCAAAGAUAUUUUUAUUCUGGAACAAUGGGGUGAUCAGAGUCUGUUAAAACCUGUCAAAACAAUUUAUCAAAAAAAAGAUUACGUUAUUGUGCUUUAUGACAGACAAUUUUUCCCAGGUGUUGUAACAGAUAUACAAGAUGAAUGUGGAAAUUUUUUGUACAAGGUUAACGCUUUAGAGAGGUUUGGAAAAAAAUGGAAGUGGCCAGCAAAACGGGACGAAAUAUUCUACCAAGAAAAAGAUGUUAUAAAACGGAUUAACGAUUCAGAUAUAAUUCCCUACAGCAACAGAGAUUUAUUUAUUAUUAAUGAUUCAUUUCUUGCAAAAAAGUGGAAUGGUUAG